GGCUGAAGGUUCUGAAGAUCUGUGGAUCUGAUGAACUGACACCGAUGAACGAGCGUCCAGAACCGGAUAAAGACCGGAAACAGCCAGCUGGUUGGUUCAGAGCUCCUCCCACUGCAGCCGUUCACACCUGAUGUCUUUACAGGUGAUACUCAGAUUGAUCCAGGAAACAGCUCAGCGGUGAUGAACACAAACCCUUUUCUGUCAGACGUCCACAGAGUGGAGCAGCAGAGCUCAGAGGUUCCCAGUGAUCCACAACAUCAGACUCAGAUGGACUCCGCAUUUAAGGAAACACAGAUGGCAGCACUUAAAGAAGGUCUGUUUGAUACUCUGAAGGAUUUGGUCGAUGAUGACUUUAAAGAGUUCAAGUGGUUCUUGAACAAUGAAAAACCAACCAUUCCAAUAAGUCGACUGGAGAACGCAGACCGGAUGGACACGGUGGAUCUGAUGGUCCAGACCUACUACACAGAUACUCCAAGAGUCACUGUAACGGUUCUGGAGAAGAUGAAGAAGACUGAUCUGGUGAAGAAACUUUCAAAAAACAUCCCAGUAUCUGAAGAGAGCAUUGACCAGGGUCAGCGAGAACUGAAGGUUAACCUGCAGCAGAAGUUUGAGUGUGUGUUUGAGGGCAUCGCUAAAGCAGGAAACCCAACCCUCCUGAACCAGAUCUACACAGAGCUCUACAUCACAGAGGGAGGGGCUACAGAGGUCAACCAGGACCAUGAGGUCAGACAGAUGGAAACAGCAUCCAGGAACCCACACAGACCACCACAUACCAUCACAUGUGAAGACAUCUUUAAAAGACCACCUGACAGACAUGAACCAAUCAGAACAGUGCUGACAAAGGGCGUGGCCGGCAUCGGGAAAACAGUCUUAACACAGAAGUUCAGUCUGGACUGGGCUGAAGACAAAGCCAACCAGGACAUCCACUUCAUAUUUCCAUUCACCUUCAGAGAGCUGAAUGUGCUGAAAGAGGAGAAGUUCAGUUUGGUGGAACUCAUUCAUUACUUCUUUGAUGAAAUAAAAGAAGCAGGAAUCCAGAGGUUUGAAAAACUCCAGGUGGUGUUCAUCUUAGAUGGUCUGGAUGAGUGUCGACCUCCUCUGGACUUCAACAACACUCAGAUCCUGACUGAUGUUACAAAGUCCACCUCAGUGGAUGUGCUGCUGAUGAACCUCAUCAGGGGGAACCUGCUUCGCUCUGCUCGCCUCUGGAUAACCACACGACCUGCAGCAGCCAAUCAGAUCCCUGCUCAGUGUGUUCAUAGGGUGACAGAGGUCAGAGGGUUCACUGACCCCCAGAAGGAGGAGUACUUCAGGAAGAGGUUCACAGAUGAAGAACAGAGCAACACAAUCAUCUCCCACAUCAAGACGUCACGAAGCGUCCACAUCAUGUGUUACAUCCCAGUCUUCUGUUGGAUCACUGCUACAGUUCUGGAGGACAUGUUGAAGACCACAGAGGGAGGAGAACUGCCCAAGACCCUGACUGAGAUGUACAUCCACUUCCUGGAGGUUCAGACUCAACAGAAGAGCAUCAAGUAUGAUGGAAGAUCUGGGACAGAUUCACCCUGGAGUCCAGAGACCAGGAAGAUGAUCAAGUCUCUGGGAAAACUGGCCUUUGAGCAGCUGAAGAAAGGAAAGCUGAUCUUCUAUGAAAAAGACCUGACAGAGUGUGGCAUCGAUAUCAGAUCAGCCUCAGUGUACUCAGGAGUGUUCACACAGGUCUUUAAAGAGGAGAGAGGAGUACGCCAGGUCAAGAUGUUCUGCUUCAUCCAUCUGAGUGUCCAGGAGUUUCUGGCUGCUCUUCAUGUCCAUCAGACCUUCAUCAACACUGGAGUCAAUCUGCUGUCAGGUCUCCUAUCUUCUGUUUGGUCUAAACUAUCAAAGGAUAAAACUGUAAAGUUCUACCAGACCGCUGUGGAUCAGGCCUUACAGAGUCCAAAUGGACACCUGGACCUGUUCCUCCGCUUCCUCCUGGGUCUAUCACUGCCGACCAAUCAGAGUCUCCUACAAGAUCUGAUGGAACAGACAGGAAGUAGCUCAGAGACAAAGAAGAAGACAGUUGAGUACAUCAAGAGGAAGAUCAAUGAGAAUCUGUCUGUAGAGAAAAGCCUCAACCUGUUCCACUGUCUGAAUGAACUGGAGGAUCGAUCUCUGGUGGAUCAGAUCCAAGAGUACCUGACAGAUGGAGGUCUCUCCAGGUCUGAUCUGUCUCCUGCUCAGUGGUCAGCUCUGGUCUUCAUGUUACUGUCAUCAGAUAAAGAUCUGGAUGAGUUUGACCUGAACAAAUACUCUGGUUCAGAGGAGGCUCUGCUGAAUUUGCUGCCAGUCGUCAAAGCCUCCAACAAAGCUGUAUUAAGUGGCUGUAACCUGUCAGAGAGAAGCUGUGAAGGUCUGUCCUCAGUUCUGGGAUCCCAGUCAUCUAGUCUGAUACAUCUGGACCUCAGUAACAAUGACCUCGAGGAUUCAAGACUGGAGAUCCUGUCAGAUGGACUAAGGAGUCCAGACUGUAAACUGGAGACUCUCAGUUUAAGUGGCUGUAACCUGUCAGAGAGCAGCUGUGAAGGUCUGUCUUCAGUUCUCAGAUCCCAGUGCUCUAGUCUAACACAUCUGGACCUCAGCAACAAUGACCUGAAGGAUUCAGGACUGGAGAUCCUGUCAGAUGGACUAAGGAGUCCAGACUGUAAACUGGAGACUCUCAGUUUAAGUGGCUGUAACCUGUCAGAGAGCAGCUGUGAAGGUCUGUCCUCAGUUCUCAGAUCCCAGUGCUCUACUCUGAUACAUCUGGACCUCAGCAACAAUGACCUCGAGGAUUCAAGACUGGAGAUCCUGUCAGAUGGACUAAGGAGUCCAGACUGUAAACUGGAGACUCUCAGACUGUCAGGAUGUCUGAUCACAGAGGAAGGAUGUUCUUCUCUGGUCUCAGCCCUACAGUCCAAUCCGUCCCAUCUCAGACUGCUAGACCUGAGCUACAACCAUCCAGGAGCCUCAGGACAGGAGCUGUGUGCUCUAGUGGAGGAUCCACACUGGACACUGGACACUGUCAGGUUGGAGCCCAGUGGAGUCCGAUGGUUGAGACCAGGUCUGAGGAAGUGUAAGUGGAUUUACAUUGGAUUAAAGAUGAAACCCAAGCCGUUAUGUGGACCUGCCAACCUACUAUUAGUGAAGGUCCACAGUCAGUGAGUGUGUGUGCAGCUGUAAACACUCAGCUGUGGGUCAUAGUGGGUGGAUGAACCAGUGGUCCAGUGGUUAGAGCUGGAUGGACCCUUGGAUCCAUGUCACCCCCUACUCUGUGUCCCAGGGUUAGAGUUUCAUCCACUGUCACUGUCCAAGACAGAAAAGAGCCCAAAAGGAUGAAAAACCAGUAGAUUUAGUUCAAGAUGAAGCAGGUUGAACUGAAACGAACCAGUUCCUUUAAUAAACAUUUAUGAUCUGCUCUAAUUUCAUGAGUCAGUGGAUAGAUUUGAAUUCAUCCAUUAGAUUCAACAGCAGGAACUAAACCUAAAUGUGAACAAACAUCAUUCAAACAUAUUCACUGAGGACUGAGGCAGAGUUACAGGUUAUUGAUCAGAGACAAGAAUAGAAGAGAAAAGAGAAAGAACAGCUGAGAAUAGGUUUGAAUAAACAUGAACAGAACCUCCUCAUGUUGGUUCUGACAAAUCUGAUCCAUGUGACAAAGACCACAGAAAAAGACAUUGAAUCUGUGUUUGGAUUUGACUGUAUUUCACUGAUAUCCAUUAGUUCAUGUGACUUUAGUUGUGUUUGUAGUUAACGUUAGUGUCAAACUGCAUCAGUUUCAUCAAAACCUUCAACAGUCUGUGCUGAACUAUAGAACUGGA